AUGGUUCUUGCUAAUGCAAGACAGUUUUUUUCUUACCACUCUUUCCUCUUUUCAUUUUCAGAUGAAUUUCCACAAACUGUAAAGACAUUUCAAGUCUCCAUCUCUGGAAUCAGGGUGGAGCUGACAUGCCCUGAGGAUCCUGAGUCUGAACCAAUAAGCUGGGAAAAAAAUGGUGUGAAAUUACAGGAUCAACAGGAACACCACCUAUUGAUCGACCCUUUUUCCGAAGUGAAAGACAAUGGUCAUUACUCCUGCUACAGAAGCAACUCUAAACUCCAUCACUAUGAUCUCUACUUAAAAGCAAGAGUGUGUGAGAGCUGCAUGGAGGUGGAUCUGAUGGCAGUGGCUGCGAUCAUCAUAGUCGACAUCUGCGUCACUCUGGGCCUGCUACUGCUGGUGUAUUACUGGAGCAAGAAUAGAAAAGCCAAGGCCAAGCCUGUGACCAGAGGAGCAGGUGCUGGCGGCAGGCCCGGUGGACAAAGCAAGGAGAGGCCACCGCCUGUUCCCAAUCCAGACUAUGAGCCCAUCAGGAAAGGCCAGCGGGACCUGUAUUCUGGACUGAAUCAGCGGGGCGUCUGACGGCUCCUGAGGACACCGCCUGC